AUGAGACUAAUAUCUGGUACAANCAUUAAUAGCAAUUGCCCCCCCCCCACCACUCCGCAAAGUGAACGCCUUAGUUAAAGAGUUCUCAAAAAUCAAUCACGAACUACCCAUUAAUAAUUUUAUUUGUGAUGCGACCAAAACACGAUUAAAGUCCAGAAACCCCCCAUCAAAAACAGCCAAAGACCUAAUCAACGCAAACUUUGAUAUGAUGAUGAAAUGGAAACAAAUGUGGGCAGCUAUGGUAGAGAAUGAUAACAUUCUAGACAACAUAUUACCAGGACAUAUACCCACAAGAUUUGACCUACAGCGCAAUCUAUGGUGUACACUUAACCGAAUACGAACUUCGCACGGUAGAUGUGCAGAUUCCUUACACAAAUGA